AAAUGUUUGGCUAAUUAGAACUAUAAAAUAUAAUUGUAUAAUUUUGUAUCUACUUGAUACAUUAUUUUUAUAUAAUUUUUAUUAAUGUCACCAGUUACUACAGAUUAUAUUUGUAGAUAAUGUUACUAUCAAGAAGUAAAGAAAGAUUAAUUAAUAUGACGUAUAAUUGAUAAGUAUAUUGUUGAUUUACAUGCAAAGAUGGGUGAAAUUGCAGCCAAUUUGAAAGUAGUUCGUGAUAAAAUACUUGCUGCUUCUGCUAAAAGACCUUCAGAGUACAAGUAUUUUGAGCCAUGUUUAGUAGCUGUAAGUAAAUUAAAACCACCUGAAUUAAUCAUAAAAGCUUAUGAGGCUGGUCAAAGACAUUUUGGAGAAAACUAUGUAAAUGAAUUAGUAGAAAAAGGAAAUCAUCCAAACAUUUUAGAAAAAUGUGCACAGAUACGUUGGCAUUUUAUUGGCCAUUUGCAACGUAAUAAAGUAAAUAAAGUUUUAAGCAUUCCAAAUUUACAUAUUAUAGAAACAGUAGAUAAUGAAAAACUUGCAUCUGCAUUACAUAAUUCGUGGCCUAAAUUUAGAAAACAUGAUGAUUCAAAAUUGAAAGUGAUGGUACAGGUUAAUACCAGCAAAGAAGAAGAAAAAAAUGGCUGUGAUGUUGCAAAUGUUUGUUCUUUUGUAAAGUAUGUUAUUGAUAAUUGUCAGAAUUUAGAAUUCGUAGGGCUAAUGACAAUAGGCAUGUUUGGAUAUGACCUUACAAAGGGUCCAAAUCCUGACUUUUUAUGUUUGAAAGAAUGCAGAGAUAAAAUAUCUAGGGAAUUGAAUAUUGAUGUAACAAAAAUAGAAUUAUCAAUGGGAAUGUCAAAUGAUUUUGAGCAUGCGAUUGAACAAGGAAGUACCAGUGUUAGAGUAGGUACUGCUAUUUUUGGAGAAAGACCAAAAAAGGAUACCUAGAAACAAUACAUGUAUAUAUUAUUUCUUGUAUUAUAUUGUAAUAAAUAUAUCUUAUAUUUAUAAUAACAUAAGAG